UGGAAGAGGCAGCGAGGGGGGCGGUGCCCACCGGACCUGCCGUGCGGGGUGGUGCGUCGCCUCGGAGUGUGUUUUGCUUCAUGUUUUGUUGUGGCCAUAAGCUGAUUGUGGGCUCUCUGUCCGCUCUGACACCACGGAGGGAAGCCCCCUGACGCCCCCCACACCACCCCUUCGGUGUUCCCUCCUCCCGGACCCGCGGGCUCGGCGAGCGGCUCCAUCACAAUCCAGGAAAUGCGGACCGCUGGCUCAUUCGCCACCGGAUAAAUGGCUGCAGCUGUCGUACAGUAGCAAACUGCCAAAUGCCGUGAGGUUCACAGUUGGCGACUCCUUUGAAUUUGUAUUUACAGAGCCUGUGAAGCGUCUCUGAGGGGGGAAGACCAGACUGCUCUGUCAGAACCAUUGAGACUUUGACCUGGCAACACAAUUGAGGACCAGCAAAGGAGAGGAGAUGCAGAGAAGAUCUUGAGCGGGCUGUUAGGAUGGCUGCAGCUGGACAGAAGUAUAGCCGCUAUACACUGAGAAAUGAUCUAUGUUUACCGACAUCAAUGCUGCUCCAGGGCCCGUUUUAACAAUGCCUCACUUGGUCCUCUCGAAUAACUUAAGGCCCACGCUGAAAAAGGCCCUUUGUUGGGAUUUACAAUCGCUGUCCACAACCCCUUGUCUCUGACCUCCCUGCUGCCAUGCGGUUAGGCCCAUGAGGCUCCAAGGGCCCUUGCUUAUGCAUCUGUGAGGCCUCCUCCUCACUCUAUGGAAGCUGAGCCCAGCCGUCCGGCUGACGGGGAGCGCUCUGGAAGACAAGAGCAGCAGCAUGCGACAGCUGAAUCCUCACCCGGGUCUUGUCCGCCGCAGCAGCCCCAGCAGCCUUCAAACCCUCGUCCCGUGCACAGAGCUUUGGGUCGACUGCAGAAUCGUCAGCCCAAACGCGCUGAUCUUCUUCGGUUACAGCAGCAAGCGGUAGCAUGGCAGCAAACGGACACCCCGGGUCCUUCAGGAGGCAGCUUUUUCACACCAGGUUCUGCAUCCACCUCAUCUCUUCCUUCUACAUCCUCCACCCAGGUUGAGCACGGUCACCGGAUCCCAUCUCAGUCAAGCCAAGAGAUUAAAGAAGGGGUUAGCUCUCCGAGAAAAGGCGAGAAGAAACCCCAAAAACCAGGGAAAUAUGUAUGCACUUACUGCGGCCGUCCAUGUGCCAAGCCAAGUGUUCUUCAGAAACACAUUCGCUCCCAUACAGGAGAAAGACCUUAUCCGUGUGCCCCUUGUGGUUUUUCUUUCAAGACCAAGAGUAACCUGUACAAGCACCGCAAGUCCCAUGCCCAUCGCAUUAAAGCAGGUCUCAUGUCCAGUCGGGAUGAGCCCAGUUUAAGCGGACCAGACUGCAGCGGUAUCGGAGAGGAACCCGAGGAGCCCACUGAGGGAGAAAGCACAGAGUCAGAAGAUGAGACGGGCCAACACAGAAAAUCGUCAAAGGAGAUUUUGGCACGGCAGAAGAAAGGUGGCAAGGAGCUGCUCGGGGGGUCAGAAGAAAGCCAAAGGCCUGAGGAUUCUCAGGCUGUCAAGCAAAGGUUGGCACUGAGGCUUAGUGAAAGAAAACGCGGACCCAUGGCUUCUCCUGAUGAUGCUCCUUCAUCUCUUUCCACCUCGUCUUCAUCUCUCGGCCCUGGCAGUAAAGGCAGCACAGAGUCUGGUUAUUUUUCUGGAUCUGGCAGCACUGACCUCUCCCAAGUUAGUCCUCCGAGCGCCAGUGCCAAAACCUAUGCAGAAAUCAUUCUUGGGAAAUAUGGAAGGUUGGGAGGGCAGCAGCGGAGUCCGCAUCCUCAGCAUUCUCAUUCUCCGCUUUCUGCAUUAUCUGGGACAGAAGAUAAGAGUAUUUCUUUUACUGUACCCAAAACCCAAGUCAUUGAACACAUCACAAAGCUCAUCACUAUCAAUGAAGCAGUGGUAGAUACCAGUGAGAUUGACAGCGUUAAGCCUCGACGCUCGUCUCUGUCAAGGAAAAGUAGCUUCGAGUCGCCCAAAUCAGCCGCCCAAAAAGACCCCUACACAUUUGAUCCAAAGGGAGAAGCCCCAGGUCCCAGCGGUUUGAGCCACUCCCACGAUCCUGAAACAGAUCGAUCAGCUACCCAAACAUUGUCAACGGCGCCCUUGCUCAGAAGUCGCUCGAUGCCAUCAUCUACGAGCCAGCAAGAGUUAUCGGUGUCUGGAAACAGAUCCGCCAGAGGUUAUCGUCUCUGCCAGUCUUUUGACGAGCAGCAAGCCGCGGCAGCAGAGAUUAACGUUGUUCAUGCCCACCGUAUGUUGAGGCGCCAACCUGCCAUCGAGGUUCCCUUGGGAGCCGAGCUUAUGCUGGAGGACACUCCCCCCGAGUCCUCUUCUUCAGCCAAAGUCACAGACGGAGCCAGACAGCCACAGCAACAACCACCGCAAAGCACUAUGAGCCCAUUUGAAUGCAAAGUAUGCGGGACAUGUUUCCAGCAUAGUGACAACUACAGGGCUCAUACAGGCGUCUGCGCGGGGCAGAAAACACUGGAACAGGACAGCGGCAACGCGAGUAAGACCUGCAGAGAGGAUCGCCCCCAGAUGAUGAUGCACUAUAAAUUCCGAGCACUGGCUAUGGCUGUGAGAAAGAGGAGGAAAGAGGAAAGUAUAGAAGAGGAUCUUCCAAGCCCCGGUUCCGUAGCCGUGUCAGGGGGUUCUGCAGGCCUCAUUGCAGUGGCAAGCCAAGGACACAGCCAGACACUCUCAGGUGCUUCUGUAGAGACGGAGUCAGGACAACAGCAGCAAGACAGAAAAGGCGUGUCCGUCAUCCAACACACAAGCUCCUUCGAAAAGCAGGAGACAUCCAUGGAAAGCGGCGGCGCAUCAGACGUCAAGGAGGCUCACCAAGCACAACAGCCUCAUCCAAAACCAUCACCCUCUACAUCACGCCUCAUCCGCCAGCACAACAUCCAAGUUCCGGAGAUCCUUGUUACAGUGGAACCUGAUGCUGACAUGACGUCUGUGUCACCACCAGCGACAGCAUCCUCCUCUAAGGAGGUAGAAAAAGUGGAGGAGUUCCAGUGGCCCCAACGUAGCCAGACUCUGGCCCAACUCCCUGCGGAGAAACUACCCCCAAAGAAGAAAAGACUCCGCUUAGCCGAGGCAGCGCAGUCCUCAGGGGAGUCCAGCUUUGAAUCCGUGUCCCUACCACGCAGCCCCAGUCAAGAGAGCAGCAUGUCCCACACAUCCAGUCUUUCCGCUUCUUUUGAAGAUCCAACAAGGACAGAGCUCGGAGUCUGGGGGUCCAGUAGCCAAAGCACCCAAAUGUUAACGGUGCCAUCCACCUCGCACCAACACAACCAAAGCCACAAGGAGAUGAGGCGUUCGGCUUCGGAGCAGGCCCCUCAGAAAACAGAACAGGUCUCCGAAAUCCGAAGUAAAUCUUUCGACUUGGGUUCAUUGUCAUCUCAGCAGUCGGCGUCGUCGUGGAAGGAACGGAGGAAGUGUCUCCUCGUGAAGCAUGCUACCUUAGGAGACCCCGAGCAAGAAGACGGGGCCGGCUUGAGUCAGCCAUCCAGAGAAGACAGUCCAAAGCCUGGACCUUCUCAUUCGAGCCACCCUUUGGUCUACUCCAGCUCCCCCUUCAACCCAGACGACACCGAGAAUGUCUUACAAAUCCUGUCUCGAGAUGUUCUUCCUCCACAUCCAACAUUCCUACCAAGAUCCACAGCUCCACGGUUUCUUAGCAGAAGCUUUUUACAUUCACAAACCACUCCACCUGUACACGCAAUGCAGAUCCACAUGGCCGAACAGAUGGGUAUACCGCUCCAUCAACUUCCUGUCCAAUUUCCCUCCAUAACUACUGCUAGCCAGGCUCUGUAUUUGCCUUCCCCUCCGUUACAUUCCACACAUGCUGUUUUACCUGCGUCGUUUGCUCUUACCCAGCAGUCCCUUGUUCCAAUUUCUUACCCCUACCCACGCCCUGUCAUUGCCACUUGUGUGGCACAGCUCACACCAGCCGUGUCCCUUGUGGUGCCAGUCCGCCUCCAAACCCAUAUACCCACCUACGCCCGUGCCAUGUACACCACCUUGUCCCAGAUUCUCACCUCCGCUUGUCCACAGGAGCCCAUUUUUUGCACAGCCAUGACAGUCAUGGGCCAAGUAGAACGAAGCAUGUUACAGAGGUCUUAUCUGAAGGUCCCCACACCAGACGUGAAGAGCAUACUUCCGUUGUCUCUUCCCGGAGAGGGGACAUCAGUUGAGGAAUACGGUCCACUCGGCGCCGGUGGGAGUAAACGCAUGCUGUCACCUGCAGCGAGUCUGGAGCUCAGUACUGAGGCUCAGCGUCACCAGAAACGGGUGAAGGAGGAAGAGGAAGGGGAGCAACACAAGUCUGGAGAAGAUUCGGACGAUGUAGAGGGCAAGGGACGCAGAGAUGGAGGAGGUAAAGCGGAAGAGAAAAAAGAACUGCUUGAGGUAGCGACUGUAAAAGAAGAGGGGAAGAAACAGGAGAAAAAACAGGGAGAAGAAUCGACUAGCAGAAGUCAAAAGCAGGAGGAGCCUCCUGUGGAGGAGAAGAAACUCGAGCGACCAAACACCCGUUCGUACCCCAACCUCCACACAUCCACCUCUGUCAACUGGUGCUAUCUGAACUAUGUCAAACCCAACCCGACCGCACAGAGGGACCCCAACACCUCCGUUUAUUCCACCUGGAGCGUCAGUGGACACAACCCGAACUUACCAGGCCUCAGCACGAAGGUGGCGUUGUCUCUGCUGUGCUCCAAACAGAAGCACUGCUCCGAGACGUACACCAUCGCCAUGGCUCCGAAUCCAUCCAAAAUCAAAAAGCCCCCUUCAAGUAGCAGCGCUCCACGAGUGUCAGAGGUCCAUCCCAUUACGACCAGUUCCUCCACCGAUGUCACAGAUCACCAGCAUGAAAAGGAGGACAAUAAGGAGACCAGAGAAAAGGAGGCACCUUCCACCUCAAAACACAGCGAAACAUCUCGUGUCCGCAUUUUUGAAGGAGGGUAUAAGUCAAACGAAGAGUAUAUUUACGUUCGAGGGCGUGGCAGAGGAAAAUACAUAUGUGGGGAGUGCGGCAUCCGCUGUAAGAAGCCCAGCAUGCUGAAGAAGCACAUCCGAACACACACUGAUGUCCGUCCAUACAUUUGCAAACACUGCAACUUUGCCUUCAAAACCAAAGGGAACCUUACCAAACACAUGAAGUCAAAAGCUCAUGGGAAAAAGUGCCAGGCAAUGGGAGUAUCUGAACCAUCCACGGAUGAGCCAGAGAGUGAGGAAACAGGGGGGCGCGAGGAGCGUGCCUGUUACUCAGAGGAGCAGGAAGAACACCAGUUUUCCAACGUCGAGGAGUCUGAGGACGAAGACGACAAUGAUGAUGACGAUGACGAAGACGAGGAAGAGGAAUCACAUGAUGACCCUCCUUCCUCUUGUUCAUCCGACACCCAUGUAUCGACAGGGGGUCGUUCCAAAUGCAGCGGGCGCUCUCGGCAGUGUACUCCAGAGCCCGAGCGUGCAGGCCCAAGUCCCAGCCCCGGCUUGGAGUCCCCCCUACGGGGGACUUGGCACAGUCGACGUGCUGCCUCACCGGGCAGCAGGAGAGCACUGUUCUCCCGACGGAGCUGGAAGGCAUCACCGAGAACCUUCUCCCCCAGCAGUGAGAGCUGUUCCCCCAGUCAGAGUCUCUCCCCGCGCCUGGAGAUGUCCUCACCCGUCCACAGCCUCUCCCCGAGGACAGAGCUACCCUCACCCAGCCGACAAGUGUCACCGUCCCCUGAAAGAGGACCCUCUCCCGUCAGACCCAUCUCUCCUCUCCGUCCCAUCUUGUCGGGCUGCUACAGGUUAUCACAAGCGAGGAUGCCACCCUUGCCGGUUGGAGUGCAGCAGAGGACGCUUGGAUAUCUUCCCUGGGAACACCUCGGUACAAAGGGUAGCUACGUGAAAGUGGACAGAAGUGGUACUGCAGGGCAAGGGCAGCUAUUGUCAGACGCCUUGUUUCCGCCUGCUUUUCGUCUCUCCACGUGUGAAGGUUACCCCGGCCACCAAGCAGCAGCAGCAGACAACAUCUUCAGCCAUCUUCCCAUGCACUCCCAGCAAGCCAAGGUUCCCUAUCUGAUGAUUCCCAUCGGAGGAAUUCAAAUGGUACAAGCCAGGCCACGGUCCAAUCCUUCCACCCCCUUGUCCCCCAUGUCUCCUUCUAUGGAGGGGCCCUCACCGGCCAGGUUUGACUUAUUCUGGGGCGGGACCCCAGGACCUCAAGGGAGAAGGACUCCUGGAAGUGACUGGUCAGACUUCCAAACAGCAGGAGCCAGCCAGUCAGGACAGAGCGGCGUCGGCGCACGAGCGCUGACUUCCAAACUGGAAUUAGAGACGACAGACUCAAAGCAAUAUGGCAGCUCACAAAGCUCCGCCCACACAUGUCGGCCCGCUAUUGAGACGAGCGAGCGUUGCGUGAAAGACGGACGCCCCGAGUCGUCGUUCAGCUCCCUGCGGCUGAUUGGACAGCAGCCAGACGGGGAGGAGCCACCUUGUGGGCGUGAGCAGGCGGAAGCAGGAAGUAGAGUAGACGCGGCGAGAAGACACCAGAGCACCUAAUAGCGUCGAUUACUUUGAUGCAUCUCCAAGUUUGCUUUAUCAGUCGUGAGACAAUUUGCUUUCUUUUUUUAUACCAUUUUCAAAACUUAACUUAAAUGUUUGGCAAUAUUCAGGUUUGUCAUUUAAAAAAAUGCACUUUUUUUCUUUGUGAAAUAAUGUUUCUGUAAAUGUAUAUAUGAAAAUUAUAUAUAAAUAUAAAGUUCCUGUAUCUGUAUUGAUACCGGUAAUCUUACUGUCUGUUUAAAUAUGCGUCAAGGUAAUAUGAGCAUUUGUAAAUGACCAAAAUCUUUAAUCAUGAAUUACAUUUUUCUUUAUUAAGUUGUUUUUUUCCAGUAUUACUCCAAUUGUAGUUACUUGUGCCUUUUCUGUCCGGGUUUGUGUUUUGAGCUGUAUAGUACAGAUAGAACAUGAGAAGGCUGUGAAAACUUUAUAUUGGAAUUUUGUGUCAUUACGGAAGAUUUAUAUUUGGUGUUUUUUGUUUUUGUUCUUAAUACUGUUGCUUUAAUUCCAGGGUAACCAAGCGUCACAUUGAUGAUAUAUUGAAGGAGCAGCAGAAAGCCGUCAAAGGAAAUGCACUGAAGUUCUAUUUUUUAUUGUAAGAGACUUUUGGAUGAGGUAUGUCUUUACAGGGACGAGCGCUCCUUAUUUAUUGCUAUUUGAUGACAAUGGUCGUUGUUGUUUUAUUUUGUACUCUUUGUUAUUGGAGAAAAACAUGUUUUCUUUUCUUACUAUUUUUCAUGAUGUCCAUGUGAUUUGAACUGGUGAACAAAAAUGAGGGAUUGACUGGUACCGACGGAUCAAGUGCCCUGCAAAUUUCUCACACAACCAAAUUUGCAGUCAUUGGGGAAAAAAAAUAAAACAAAAAAAAACAU